AUUUAAUGUCUUAACUGUCUUCUGUGGAGAGAACUACAAGGAUUGAAUCAUUUUCAACUUUUUUUGAUCGUUUGAGUUCUCAUAAUCCAUAACGUGAACAAAUGCUAAAAUAUGUUCUGAAUAAUCAAGUAAAAUUAGUGAUGAUUAAUAGCCAUUUGAUGAAUUCAAAUAGAAAUUUUCAAAUGUUUUUAGAACUAUAUAAUAAUUAGACAAUGAUGACUUUUUUAAUUAUUGAAUGUAUACUUAAAUAAUUACAUCAGGAUCCAAUAAUGAUAACAUUAUCAAAAUAGAGAUGUCAAUCAUCAACUGGAGAAUUAUUUAAAG